GCGUGCGUGUGUGUGUGUGUAUGUGUCUAAGCUGCGUUCUUGAGUUGUUCUUGUUCUAAGUUCUUUUUUUCGUGGCGUGUAUCUGUGUGCGCGUGUCGUGUGCUGGUGUGCGUGUGCUUUUUGUGAACUACGUUUUGUUUCAAUGCCAAAAAAAAGUAUCUAUGCCGUGGCAUGUGCUCUCUCUCCAUCUCUCUCUUUCGCUCGCUCAUGCUGGUUACAUAAAUACUGGUAGAAGAAGAGGAAGAGAAGGAGGAGCAGGCGGAGGCAACAGAAAUUGAAAUACAAAUUCAAUUAACACCUGAAAACGAAAAGCCAACUGGAACGCAAACGUCUGAUUGGAUAAGGAAAAUAGAAAACGGACAAACAUGUGUUUGAAUUUCCAACCUAUCUGCUUCUUACCAUUCCUAUGAAAUGUUCAAAAGCAAAGCUCCUUGAAAGAGGAGGGAAUAAAAGAAUGUGGAAAAGAGCAGCAGAACCAGAACGAGAACACAAAAAAAAACGAAAUUAACGACGUCACAUAAAAGUGUGUCAAAGCAGCAGCUCACGCACACCAGCGUGCUGCCAAUUUGUAUCUGUGUGAAGCUUUAGCGCUCUCUCCCUCUCUCGCACCGCCCCUCUCAUGCUCAUUCGCUGAUAAAACGCAACGCACACAGCGCGUAUACAUAAUUUAUAUAUUUAUUUAAAUGUUUUUCGUUUGCUCGCUUCGAACAACGAGUUUUUCUCGUUAUUCUAAGACUGCCCCCUUUUAUUUCUCGCUCCAUCUAACAAUUUGAGCUCUUUUCAUACGAACAUACGGACAGCAUUGCUCAAUUAUUAUGUCAUAAAAACAUUUUGAAUGGCAAACGUGCGAUAGAAGUUCAAUUCGUUCAAGGCGAGAUAUAGUAUUAUUUUUCAAGCUUUGGGUUUUUGGCGCAGGAGGAAAUUCAAAAGUUGUCGCUGCUGCUGCUGCUUUCUUGCGUGUGUUUGUGUGUAGGAACGUGCAGCAAUUUUCCAACGUUUGCAUGAAAAACCUAGUGCCCUAAUAAGCAAAACGCGAGAGAGAGGAAAGCCCAGUGCGAAGAGAGCGCGAGAGCGUAGCAGAAGCUGAAGCAGUUUUCCCGCAUUCGAAUUUAAAAAUCAAUGUAGAAAAUGCAAAGCGGACAAAGAAAACACGCACGCACACACACAUGCACACAGAGAUUCCCGAGUCCGAAUGUUAGAUAGAAAUGUGAUCGGACGGGCACGUGUACGUGUCACACAGAUACAAAAGAGCGCCAGAGAGCGAGAGAGAGCGCAGCGAGAGAGUGGAAAAAUGUUUAAUUUUCAGCUGCUCGCAGCAAAAGCAAACGCAAACUUGUCGUUAGAAUCAAAAAAAGCACGCUGAGACAAAGACGCGCACGAAAACUGAACGGAAAAACGGAAAAGGCAAAGGCGGAUGAAGCAGCGCAAAAGGGGAAGCCAAAGCAGGCGCUAAAUAUUUUCAAAAUAUAUAUUUAAAAACUUUGCGCUUCGCUUCGGUAAUAUUUGUAUGCAAAUCUAAUCAGAGUGUGCCUGUGUGUGUAAUUGUUAUAAAUCAAAACGAGAGCAACAACAGCAACAACAAUAGCAGCUUAGCCCGAAAAGUAAAAAACCACAUUAAAGUAACAGAAUUAAUUCAGGAUCCACUACAACAGCAAAAACCACUGUCGCGUCUCCAAAUGAAACAAUAAUUGAAUAAUUGAAUUACGCAAAUAACUAAGAAAAAAAUCAAAGGAAAAGCGAAUAACGAGUAAAAAGUAAAAGUAAAAAAGUUUAAAACAAAUUCGUAAAGCCGUGUACUGAGUAAGCCAGUCAGCGCUUAAAGUACCAUAUAUAGUUGUUCUUAUCUAUACCCACACUCAAUUAAUUGCAGCUGAAUGCACGACUCCUUGCAGAAAGAAGGAUCGUAAAUAGAGUCUAUCAAUAUAUGUGCAUAUGCAUAUAUAGCGACGUUCACGAACUGUAUCUGUCACUGUCACUGAGAGCGAUCGAUAGCUGUACCUCCAUGUGUGUGCAUGAGUGGCAGCAUCAGUAGCGCACCCAAGGACCAAGGACCUCAUCCACAUAGCCCAUCAAUCUCUCAGAUGCCAGUGGCGGAAUCCCCCCGAUAAAGGCAUCGCAUCGCAUCGAAUCGAAUCGCAUCGAAUCGAACUGCAUCGCAUCCAUUGGACAAGGACGAGGACGAGAACGCGGACUAGGACUAAAGGACAGUGACUGACGCAUCCUGCGCUCGUUUGAUCGUUCGUUCGCUCGCUCGCUCGCUCUAUCGCUCUUUCGCUCGCACGCACCAAAAAAACCAAACAGAAAUACCAGAAACAAUACCAAGCAAGCCAGAAACCAAAUAAUACCAAGCUAAACAGACGCCUCAUUACCAAACAUCGAACGUUUCGUUGUCGUUUAACCAAAAAAAAAACUAAAAAACCAGAAGCAAAUCAAUCCAAUCCAAUUCAAUCAAAUCCAAGCCAAGCCAAUCCAAUCCAAAAUCCAAACAAUUCAAUUCAAACCGUAUCCACGAGACAUAGAAACUGAACAGUAAACAGUAAUCAGUAAGCAGUAAGAUCAACAGUAACAGAAAACCCAAAGCAAAAAGCUAAAGCAAUCAUCAGUCAAAGUCGAUAACCAAAACCAGCAACAUUCAGUUAAAAAUGGCCGAAGACGCUACCAUGGAGACAUGUCCAAGUCCUGAAAUCGGCGACUCACGCAAAAGGCCACUCGAUUCCGAUCCGGAAAAUGAACAAACUAAACGCUCACAUUUCAGUUCCGCAGCAGCAGCAUUCCCACAAAACCAAUGAAAACUCUCAAACGAACUCAACUCAAAUGUGAUAAUACCAAGCAAGCAAAGCAGUUAAAAUAUAAUGUGAUAAAGCUACGCAAGUAAUGACUAAAAUCCAAAAUAUAUAGAAAAGCCGAAAGUUAUUAAUCAAACCAAAACGACUGACAUCAAAUCGAUAAAAGCAAGCAACAAAACCAAAUGCAACACAUCAGCAACAGAUCAUCACAAUCGAUCGCCGUCCUUCCAUCGAGCCAAGCUUCAAGUAUUAUAGAAUCGACAGCACCUGCAACUUCAGAUCGAGUCCUGUGAAUUCUGAACUGUGAACUCUGAACUUUGAACUGUGAACUCUAAGCUCAACUCUACAGCUGAAUGUUUAAUGAUUGGAAAGCGGCGCGUAGGUUCAAUCGAAAAAACACUGAACAGUAAAGAAAAAAACAAAACUAAAGAAACCUCAAAUUGCAAUUUACGAAAUAUAACGAAUCCAAAACAAAUAACGCAUAAAUCAGUUGAUAAGUUGAAUAAGGAACGAAACGAGUACAAUCGAUUCAAGGCAGCAUCAAUUCCGUCUCAAACAAAACGAAGACUGAACGAGAAUUCCAAUUCCAAGGCAAUGGAGAGUAUUAUGAAGGUGGCCAUGGACAAGGCGGCCGAGCAGCUGAUUCAGCAGUUCGGCUUUGAUUACUUGCAGCAGCAGCUGCAGUUGCAACAUCAAAGCCAACACCAACACCACCAACACCAGCAGCAGCAGCAGCAGUAUGAACAACAACAACAACUAGAACCAGAAAACGAACAUCUCACAUACCGAUAUCAGCAAUCAAAGCCCACACAUAUGCAGCAAUUAGCUUGUAACUAUCAGCCACGACAUUCCACAACCACGUCGUCGCCCUCAUCCAGCCACAGCAGCAGCAGCAACAGCAGCGACAGCAGCAGCAGCAGCAGCAACAACAUCAGCAACAUCAGCAACAUCAGCAACAUAAGCAACAUCAGCAACAUCGGCAACAUCAGCCACAUCAGCAACAGCAAUCAUAGCAACGCUGCAUACUCAUUAGCCGUUCAUAGCUAUCAAAAGCAAAUAGAAAACCCGGCUAAUCCCAGUCAUGUUCCGCAUCAUCAGAUGGAUCUGUCGCCCCUGAGUGAGAAUGGUUCGCCAAAUGGAACGCCCGGUGGCCAGACGCCGACUGCCACAGCAAGUGGCAAUACGGCAGCAGCACUUGCAGCAGCAGCAGCAGCAGUAGCAACAUCAGGAGGCAACAGCAACAGCAACAGCAAUGGCAAUGGCAAUGGCAACGGCAGCAGCAACGCGCAACAGCAACUGCAGCUGGGCGGCUAUAAGACAAACUCCUGCUGGUGUUACGGUGAGUCAGUUUGUUCUGGAAUUGAGGUUGAAAUUGAAAAUAAUAACAAUAAUCAUAUUCAUCAUGGCGAGACAACGUAUCACAUGAAAAUACUGGUGCCCGCGGUGGCCUCCGGGGCCAUCAUCGGCAAAGGUGGCGAGACGAUCGCCUCCCUGCAGAAGGACACGGGUGCUAGGGUCAAGAUGUCCAAGUCGCACGACUUCUACCCAGGCACCACCGAACGCGUGUGCCUGAUCACCGGCUCCACGGAGGCCAUCAUGGUCGUGCUGGAAUUCAUCAUGGACAAGAUCCGCGAGAAGCCCGAUCUGACCAACAAGAUCGUGGAUGUCGAGUCAAAACAGACACAGGAGCGCGACAAGCAGGUCAAGAUCCUGGUGCCCAACUCUACUGCCGGCAUGAUCAUUGGCAAGGGCGGUGCCUUCAUUAAACAGAUCAAGGAGGAGAGCGGCUCCUAUGUCCAGAUCUCGCAGAAGCCCAAGGAUGUGUCGCUGCAGGAGCGCUGCAUCACCAUCAUUGGCGACAAGGAGAACAAUAAGAACGCCUGCAAGAUGAUCCUCUCGAAGAUCGUCGAAGAUCCCCAAUCCGGCACCUGCCUGAACGUCUCCUACGCGGACGUCAGCGGCCCGGUGGCCAACUUUAAUCCGACCGGCUCCCCGUACGCCACCAAUCAGAAUGCCAUCAACUCGAGCACCGCCUCGUUGAACUCCACGUUGGGCACCACGAUCGGCGGUGCGAACUCGGCGGCCAGCCUGCUAGUCAACGGCACCGGCAUCAAUUUGACCAUCAAUCUGGGCUCACCCAAUCCGGCGCCCAAUCUAGCGCUUGCCACCCAGGUGCUCGAGCACAUGAAGGUUGCCAUGCGCGGCUCUGGCUACUCGGAGACCGUAACGAACGAAGUCGUCGCCGCACUGGGCGUGCUGGCCAAGUACGGUGUCCUUGGAAUGGGCGUGGGUGUGUCGCACACCAACGGCGCCCACUCGACGCUGGGUAACUUCCUGGGCGUAACGACGCUGGACCAGCAGACUGCGGCCGCCGCAUCCGCGGCCACCGCCAGCAAUGUGUUCGGUGCCGUCGGCCAGGUGAAUCUGGAGCAAUAUGCCGCAGCGGCGGCCGCUGCAGCUGCCGCCAGUCGGCCGACGCAGUCGCAACUGGACGCUGCCGCAGUGCAAUUCGAUCCAUUCCGCCAUUUGGGCUCGGCCACGGCGCCGGGCGCCACGCCCGUCUCACUGAACAACAAUAGCUUUGGGCUGACGGCAGCCACGGGAACGGCGACCACGGCGCAGCUGGGCGGUCUAAGCAAGAGUCCCACACCGGGCGACCUUAGCUCCAAGGACUCGAAGAACGUCGAGGUGCCGGAAGUGAUUAUCGGCGCUAUUCUAGGUCCGAACGGUCGUAGUUUAGUUGAAAUUCAACAUGUUUCUGGCGCAAAUGUGCAAAUUUCCAAAAAGGGCAUAUUCGCACCUGGCACUAGAAAUCGCAUUGUAACCAUAACUGGUCAGCCGAGUGCCAUUGCCAAAGCGCAAUAUCUAAUUGAACAGAAAAUCAACGAGGAGGAGACAAAGAGGGCGCGACAAAUUCCAUUAACCACUGUUGUGAAUUAAAAUAAAAAAAAAACAAAAAACAAAACAAUAACUAAUAUCCGAGUAAAGCAACAAACCAGCAAUCUUAACAGAACAUCAAACAAACAGGCAAACAGCAAAGCAACAACAAACAAACUACCCCUUGCCCCCGACGAUUUUCCUCUUAAACUUGUUAAUUUCUUUGAAAAACGAGAGGGAAAUUAAAAACUAAAACUAAAACCAAAAUGAAAUGAAAAGAGCAGAGAUUAUAAAAGGAAACACCAAUUGUUAUGCUUGCAGCGCAGAGUUAAGCAGUUAAAGUCGAAAAUAAUAAUAAUAAUUAUGUAUUGCAAAAAUCCAUACAUUUUUUUGUUAAGUAAACAGUUCCAAGGCCUUCACCUCAAGCGAUUUGCUUUAACUAACGCCCUUUAAGAAAGUGAAAAACGAGACGAGAGAAGUAGUAAAAAAAUCUGUAAAAAUACUAUAUAUGUACUACCUUCUCAGCUAUACAUUGUUGCAUUUGUUUGUCACGAUCGUAAAACGUAAAAACGUAAAAAUCGAAAACAAGUUAUAUUGCCAAUUGCCAGUUAGACACAAACUAGUUGCGAAAGAAGAGCGUUUGGGUUUUUGGUUUGUUUGUGAUGCGUAUGUUUGCGUUGCGUGUUUUGUUUUUGGUACUCCCAACCAAGCUAUACGAUACGAUACAUGGGGCAUAUAUACAUAUGUAUAUGUACACAGUUGUUGAGUCUUGUUUAUAUAUAUAUUAUCUACACACAUAUGCCCAUACAUAUAUAUAUAUACAUAUGCCACCACCCACUUACACACUUACACACCGCCCCGCCCCCCAAACACACCUAAUUAUUAGCAUUAUGUUGAGCUAAACGAAAAUCAAAUGUAUAAUGAGCGAGCGUUUUCAGUGAAAACUUCAGGUGAUUCUUACCCUCGAAAUAAGGUAAAUAUUUUACUACACUUCCCUCCCGAAAAAAAAACUCCCACAGACAAAAACACUUGCUAAAGCUACACUGCAACUGCAAACAGGCUAGUGAAACAUACAAUUUCAAAGAGUUAAGCAAAAAUAUGAGUGACUUUGUUGACCUUUUCGUUAUUUCGUGAUUUCGUUAAAGUUUUCUGUUCCAUCUGUUCUCUGUUGUUGCCCCACUCCCUCUAAUUGCUUAUCGCUGUUAAUAUAUAAUAUAUAUAUACCUUCGAUUCUGCAGCCUGACUUCUGUAAAUGAACACUUUCGGAACGCUACAGUUGAUGUUGAUCAUGAUAAUGUUGUUUAGUUUUAGAUACAAUCCGAUCCGAUUCGAUUUAAUUCGAUUCAAUUCGAUCGGAUCGAGUGGUGUUAAUGUGUUGCGCGCGCACGUGAGUCUCCUUUUGGUUAUGAUUUUGUGCUCCCGAUUUGUUACUCCUUAUAACUUUUGUUUUAUGUAUACAUAUUAUUUAUGAAAAAAAAAACACACACAUUGCGAUUUGUUAGUUGCCAGUCUGAGAACUGCACUUUUUACCUUUUCUCCUUUUUUUUCUUGUCAUUUUGCGUUUGUUAACCACUAUUUUUGGUAAAUUUAGCACAUUUGUUUCUCACAUUCUAAUUUUAAGUCUUACAUUUUCUCUCACCUAAUGCAUCACAAAUAUCUUAAAAACAAACAAAAAAAAUACGAAAACAACAUAAAAAAACCUUAGCAAAACAAUUAUUUCUUUGUAAAAUAUUCGCAUUAAAGCAUUCAUUUAGGGGUUUCUUCAUACGUCAAAACAAACAAUCCACCAAACAAUUUCCCUUAUUAAUUUUAAGUAUUGUGCAAUUAUUAAACAUUGUUUCAACGAACAUUUCAUAACGAUUAUAUGUACAUAUCUAUCUAAACGCAGUGUAAAGACAAAAGAUGUUAACAUCACAUUUAAACAAAAAAAUUCCCUGUUCAUAUACACACAAAAUACACAAGGAUAAAAGUACCCAUACGAACACCACUCACCUACAGAGAGAGAAAUGCCUUACUUGUAAUGAAAUUUUUCUUAUUUACUUUAUUCCUUACACAUAUAAUUUAGUUUAACACAUUUCUUUUCGAUAAAUAAAACGAAGAUGAAACGAAAUUUAAAUAAAAUUUGACUACAAAACCAACAAAUAAAAACCAGCAACGUUUAUUUUCUUGUUUAUUUUGGAGCGUUCUGCGCUCCACCACCACCACUGCAAGCACCACUGCAACCACCAUUACCACCCACCCAUCCACCACCCACAAGCGCCGCACCACCACUAACCCAAUCGUAUCCCCAAACCAAACCAAACCAAAUCAGUCUACAACAUUAUCAUGACCAAUCAAAAUCAACUCAAUCAGACAGUCAGCCAGUCAAUCAACCAGUCAAUCAGUCAACCACUUCUUUGCUCAGUUCGAUAACUAUUUCGAAAUCGAUUCAAUCACUGAAAACGCUCAUCACCGUAGUGAAAUAAAAGGAAAAAGUAACAAACCACAAAUACCAGAAAAACCACAACGGCAACCAAUCCUAAGCUAAGUCUAUAUAUUUAAGUUGAAAGUUGUUCUUAUUAAUUUUUGCUAUUAUUGUUAAAACUUACCUACAAUUGUUCUUAUUUGUGCAAUAUUUAUAUAAUACGAUUAAAAUACAAAAUCAAAUGAAAAACAGAACAUAAUUAUAACACAAAACGAAAGAGAUCUAUAAGCAAACUAAAGCUAAAUGUGGAAACAAAAAAAUCCAGAGAGUAAAUUUGAAAGUACAGUCGUAAAUGCUAGUGUGCCUUGAAAUAUGCAUUAACAUCCAAAAAGAAAACAAAUCGAAAACCGUAAGGGGAAGGUUAAGGAAAACGAUGUUGGUGUUUUAUUCGAACCUAUUAUUUUAUGAGUAUCAUAAAGAAAAAAAAAACAAGAAUAAGUCAAAUCCAGAGAUCGAUACAAUUCGAAAGUACAUAAAUGCAAUAGACCGUCUUAGAACAGCAGAAAGCAGAAAUCCACAGGUACAACUUUGAAAAAGUAGCUUAACAAACAACAACAGCCAAAAUCACAACAAGCAUAAGAACACAGAUCCCCCUUCGUCCACCCCACAAAAACCAAGUCAACCAAUCAAUCAGUCAAUCAGCCAAUCAGUCAACCAACCAACCAAUCAACCUACCAAUCCAACAACAAACGACAUUUAUUUCGACUUCUUCGCCUUACGUCAGAUCGGGAGUUUCAGAGCCCCCAGAAUCGAAGCACUAUAUCUCUAUGGUCUAUCUAUCGCAGACACCAACUCACAAUUCCCAGCAUACACAUAGAUACACACACACACACACACUUACAUGAGAUACACCUGAGUAACACACCUCAGCUGAGACAACACACCUCUCGCAUACAUUCACACAUUCGUACUAAAUAUCAGUAUCAGUAUCACUUGCGCGUGCUCACUGAGUUAUGUUUAAUGUAUGAGUUUUAUAUGAUAUGAUAUGAUAUCUAAACGUAGUUGAGGAAGGAAGAAGAAAUAAACACAAAUAUAUAUACUUAUAUUUGUACUGGAUCUGUGAUAUGUAUUUAAAAACAACAAAGAAAAAAAAUGAAAACAAACAACAAAACAAAGCAAAAAUAUAUUUAUUAAAAAGGAAGUCAAACGAUACUUGAAAUUAAUUAUGUAAUAAUUAAUUUUUUAAUGAGACAACUAAGAGAAAAGAAAAGCUUUACUUGAAAAGCAAAGAAAUCUCCCCCGAAAUCAAGUUCUCAAUUCAUCGAUCGAUGCAUGGACAGUCCGCGACUCCAGGCUCCAUAGUCCAGAGUCCCAGAGUCCAGGGUCCCCAAUCCCCAUAUGCAUACGUAUUCACCGCAAAAAGGUCUUUGCCAGUUCCAAACACUCCGUUUCUUAGAAAUGUCCGAUUUGCGAUCCAAUAGAGUAGAUCCCCACCCCCUCCUCCGGGUGGCUGAGGGGGCGUGACGAAGGGAAGAUGGAAAGAUGGGAAGUUGGGGAAUUGGAGAUACUCGGGGAUCGAACCGAUCGGAUGUGAGAUCAGAUCCGAUCCCAUCGGUUCAAAGGACCCGCGUCCCGCUUUCGUCGUGUUUAUGCUUGUUUGGAUUUUAUUGUUUAAAUGCGUUUGUUAUUUGCUGUACAAAUUGAAGCUUCACGCAACCCGCUAAAACCAAUAGGUGGGUGGCCCCAGCACCGCCUGCUCGGCCCCCAAAUGUAAGUUGCAGGUGGCAAGUUGCACCAUUUAGGCAGAGUCCUGCGGCCGCAUGAUUGCUUUGAGCUUUCCAUCGAUAAACCACUGUUACUGCCACUGGCACCCACGAAUACCCACUUAUCAGGCACAUUCGUCAUGCAACUCAUCCUCUAUCGACCACCAACCAACACCCCCCACCUCCCGAUCACCAACUUAUCCAACUAUCCAACAAUCCAACUAUCCAGAUAUCCAACUAUCCAGCAAACCAACUAUCCAUUGCAAUCAUACGAAACUAGGAAACUUUGGAAAGACGUGCGCAUUCAGUUCGAUUCACCCAGUACACACACACGAUUUUUAGAAGCUUAGGAGUUUUAUUAACUUAUUAAAAGGCAUCUAUAACAAUAACGAGAGAGAGGAAUGGAUAGGUGGUAGGGAAAAAAGAAAGUAAUACAGCUGUUAUGUCAACGACGGAGUCUAUUAGUGUUAAAGUAGUAAGCAUAAAAGCGACUUUUAUUAACUAUAUACAUACAGUACAUAAAUAUCUAAAGUAAUUCAAAAUCGACUUUGAACAUUUAAAAUGAAUGAAAUGAGAAAUCCGAAAAUACCAACAAGAAAUAUAGCGAAGUGGCAAAUGAGUUUUGCACCUCGAAAAGAAAUCCGAAUGUUGCUAAAAUACAAAUAUGUAAAGAGGAGUUCAAUUUAUCAAUCAAAUCUCGUAUAGUACAUACAAAUAUUGCAUACAUACAUAACUACAUACUUAAAGCGAAAUGAUGCGAAAAGAAAGAAGGAGCGAUGAGAGUAACUUUAAUUAUAAUUUGUUAUGCUUUGCCACCCACACUGUUAUUAGAACAAUUAAACAUUACGAUGCAUUAUGCAUUAUAUACAUAUAAAUGUACACACCCCUUAUGCAUAUGAUAUACCUGUACGUAUACCCACACACACAUUGCAGAGGCGAACAUGCGAUUUGCUAUUUGCUACCCUGCUGGCAUUGGUAUUGAUAGGUCGGAGAACUAACUGAAUCAUUAUAUAACCUCAUAUAGCAUUGUAUGUAUAAAAUUCUAUCGGAUCGGCCGAAUCAACGCGGCGACGUUCUGCGGAGACGUUCAUUCAGCAACCACAACCGAAGCAUACAACAUUAGUAAAAUAUUAAAUACUAUAUAUAAAUAUAUAUAUACACGUACACUAAAAGUAUAAAACGUAGUCGUUAGUGUGAUAAAUAAAAUUAAUAUUAAUUAAUUCAAGCAAAUAAAAGUGGUUUAACGAUUCAAACAAAAGAA